AGCCAUGGAAACCGCGUGGACGGUCACGGGGGAGGGGGGGGGGUAUUUUCGAGUGAACACUGUCUGAAAUUACUACUAACUACUAACUACUAACUACUGCUAAUAAUAAUUAUUAUUAAACUGCUAAUAGGAAUUAAGAGUUUAAAUCACACUUAUUAUUAUUAUUAUCAUCAGUCAUCAGAAGCAGCUUCACUCACGCAGACGUCCUCGUGUGUACUUCACCAUCACGAUGAACGUGGGCACGGCGCACAGCGAGGUGAACCCUAACACACGCGUGAUGAACAGCCGGGGCAUGUGGCUGUCCUACCUGCUGGGCAUCGGCCUCCUUCACAUUAUCCUGCUCAGCAUCCCGUUCGUCAGUGUGGCCGUGGUGUGGACGCUCACUAACCUCAUCCACAACAUGUGCAUGUAUCUCCUGCUACACACAGUAAAGGGGACUCCGUUCGAGACCCCGGACCAGGGCAAGGCUCGACUUCUCACUCACUGGGAGCAGAUGGACUACGGUGUACAGUUCACAGCCUCGCGCAAGUUCCUCACCAUCACACCCAUUAUACUGUACUUCCUUACCAGCUUCUACACCAAGUACGACCGGAUCCACUUCUUCAUCAACACAUUGUCUCUGCUCACUGUGCUCAUCCCCAAGCUUCCUCAGCUGCACGGAGUUCGUCUCUUCGGGAUUAACAAGUACUGAAGUACUCGCUUUUCCGCUCAUUCCCCGAACUUUGGGUUCUCCACCUGGACCGUGUCUUCAGAUUCAGAGGGUUUCGAUGAAGCACAGCAAGAAGCGUUGAGCAAAAAAAAAGAAAAAGAAUGGAAACUUUGACACCGAACGUUCGUGCUCGGAUUGUGAAUCGAUUUCAUAGGUGCCAGUCAUCGAUUUGCCUGGGAUUUUCCACCAAAAUAUUAAAGGAGAUGGUUUAUUUC